UCUGAUCCCAUUUUGGCAGGAAAUAAGGUAAACAAUGUUGAUGUUGUUUAUACGCCAUGGCAAAACCUUAAGAAGACGGCUUCGAUGGAUGUUGGGCAAGUUAGUUUCCACAACCCAAAAAUGGUUCGUACUGUGAAGGUUGAGAAGCGAAUAAAUGAAAUAGUCAAUAGAUUAAACCGUACAAAAGUGGAGAGGAAGCCCGACUUAAAAGCUGAGCGGGAGGCCGUCAAUGCAGCUGAAAGGGCAGAGAGGAAGCAGCAGCUUAGAGAGAAAAAACGACGAGAGGAGAUGGACAGGCUUGAAAAGGAGAGACAGGCCGAGAUGAGGAGCUACAAAAAUUUGAUGGUUGCUGAUAAGAUGACAUCAAACAAAGAUAUUGCAUCAACAAACAAAUCCCUGCAAGAGCUGGAGGAAGACUUCAUGUGAACGCAAAAUCAAAUGGACUUAUUCGUUUCAAUUGAUGCCUUGUUUAGAAAAAAUUGCUAAAUGAGAAGCUGCUUAUGAAUGCAGAGAGGAUAGGAGACAAAAGAAGAAGGGGAUGGGGCAUGGGGCGAGGUAAUCUUUUAUAUUGUUGUGUGUUCUUUAGAAAGAGUUGUGCUCCUUAUUAAAAGUUGAUCAUAUUGAUCUUUGCAAGGCCUGAACCUCUUUGUUAAUAAGGUAUAGGAGACUAUGGGUUGGAGUUCCAUGAGAAGCUUGCUUUGUAAAACCAACGUCAAAUUUUAAUGAUGAAGAAAAAGAUGACUUGUUAAGAUGAG